UCUACAACAGUCGCUAACUAAUCGUUCUAAGCAACGCAAGCCAAAUACAGACAAUGAGUUUUAAAAAUAUAUUAUAUACGGCGCUAGUGUUGUUGAGUAUAUGGACCUGUGCGGGCAGAGAAUAUGAAUUUAUACCUGGACGAUGCGUAGAUCAUCCAGGUGCAGAGGAAAAAAUUGGUGGUCCACUCAGUCUGUGCAGCUUUCCACCAAAUUAUGAAAAACCAGACGAGGAGGAUAUAGAGGCCGUCAUCAAGCAUAUACAAGGCUUAAACUUAAAUUAAAAUCUAAUAAAAUUGUAGUUUAGAGAA